AUGGGGCUUGGAAUUGUGGGAGGGGAAGAGGACGAUGAUGACCACUUUGUCAGCAGCUUCUUAGAUGACCUCUGCCGCCUCGUGUCGCGAUACUUGACCCUGUCGCGUGGCACGCGUGCCGGCCUACUUCCAGCGCCUCCUUCCGCAUCGUCACUGUUGUCGUCGUCUCGCAUUUCGUUCGUCACCCCUGUGGCCGCUGCGACCCCGGUGGAGGAGCGGCAGGGAGUGGCGGACUCCAUGCUUUGCCUGGUAGGUGAGGUGAGGUCGCGAAUCAGCGCCGGGGAGGAAAUAACAGAUUUUUCCACAGAGGGCGCCAUGUUUUUUCUGGGCCUACACUCACUGCUAGAGAGCCAUCCCGAGGAUGAUUGGCCGUCACAGAGCACCCCGUCUCGUUCGACGACGACCGGUGGUGCAGUGGGUCAAAGCCCAGCAGGAGCCGGGUUACAGUACCUUAAUCACGUUGCGAAUGCUCCGCGCACACGCAUCCUGCGACAUAUGCUCCGAAUCCCUAAUGCCGUGAAUGGGGACAUCGGCGGGGUGGGCGCUUCAAAGAGAAAGAUGAACACUGCGGAGGCCUCGUGCCAGACGAGGCCGUUGGAGGAGUUGUCCAGGAGGCAUCAGCAUGCCUCGCUGUAUCAGGCCGCAGCAGCUCCUCCUAGAGGGUGUGUGCCUGCACUUAGUGCUGCCCACGGUCGCUUGACGUUGUUGCUGCAGCAUCACACCAUGCUCAGUAUCCUUACCCUGGGCGAUGCCCUUUUCGAAGCGCAUAAUGACUUUAUACCGCUGAAAGUGUGCGAUCACCGCAUUCAGACAAACUAUGUAGGGGGAAUUAUAAGAGAACUUAAACGAGAGCAAGAAAGGCUUAACAGACAGUCUUUAAGCAAGAGUGGUAUAAGUGAACUGGAACAACUUUAUUCUUGUGAGAUUGUGCAGGUGCUAGAGCGUCUUGAAACGGCAGUACCUUUUAUGGACUGCAUAAUAGUUUUUGUCGAGGAAGUAGACGAGGGAAGUAAAGAGCGCGGUGAAAGUGAUGGUCGAGUCCUUGUUGGAGCGGACGACGCGGAGGAGCUUGUGGGCCUCUUCGGAAGUAGUGGCGCAGGUUUUGUGUCGAGGCUUGUUGCUUACAGUAUACAAUGCUUUCUGUCUGCCCUAAGUAGUGCAACUGCCUCCCCACAGCGAUGGAGUUAUCUGGAGAAGGUGCUGUUCUUCACAGACACCGAGAGCCCGGUUCCAACCGUGCCAGUGGAGUUGAAUGCGACGUUGUCGCGUGGCUCAACAGACAUGGGUGUGGGGAAAACCCCCACACCGGAGCGCUCCGAGAGAGUGAGGGUGAAUGACACGGAUGAGAUGCAGGGAAUAAAAAGCACGACUUCCGCUUGGCACGAGAGUGAGCGGCAGCUCCAAGGGCUUGUGCGAAAGUUUUGUCCCUGUCGCGUGUAUGAGGAAGUCCGCCACGCUGCAGUCCCAUUGGAUGUGAAGGGUGUGUGGUAG